CCAUACUGCUUUCUACUCCCCCGCUCCCACCACACUCAUUCCCCCCACGCACGGACACUGUCCUCGCUGGCCGAGCGCAGUCCUGCUUUACCCACAGUCCUUCCACCGUCCACUCCUUUCACCGGCUUCCCUGCCCUUCGGCUGUCCCGUCAGCACCAUCUCUGGAACACUCAGUCAGCCAUCCCAGUACAUACCAGAGCGCUCCCUGCAUCUACUCCAGAGCCCACUCCAUUAUUCAAACCCAAUAACAUCCCGCAGACAUGUGCUGUGAGGCUGAUUGGAAGCGAGAGGUCGUCCCCGACCACAAGUUCGAUUUCAUCAAUGUGAAGGAAUUCCACAAGGGCGACAUAUGGACGAGGAUCAAGUACAUCCUUCGAUAUGUUUUCCUGUUAAAAUCGGUCGCGGUCUAUGCUUUGGACAUCUUUACUGCGGUAACUAUGGUCUCUUCCGAUCACUGGACAAAUGCCAUCACCUCUAAAUGCGACAGCGAUUGUGUGGUGGAUGUUCAGUUCAAGAUUGCCAAAUGGGUGUUUGUCGGGUGCAUCAUCUUUUCCUUCCUUCUACUUGGAUACGAAACAUACAAGGCGAAAAAAGUCAUCGAUUCUAGAGAUAUAUCGUAUGCUUUUACCAAUUUGUUGGCGAAUGACUAUUAUUCUUUCCGAUCAUAUGACAAUUUUUGUCUCUUUUGUCAAAUUGAAUCAUCGUCAAAGAAAAAGGAUGACCUGGCAUUCUUCAUCUUUUUCACGUUCAAGGGCUGGAAACGGUUACUCCUUGCCGACGGGCCCCGUCAAUCCAUCAACGCUAUCCUUCUCUACUCUUUCGCCGCCGCCAACAAUUUCCAAACGUCAGACAUCCCGGCUUACUGGGACAACUCUCUCGUCACCGCCCUCCUUCUCUUCUCCAUGAUCUUCACCGUCCUCGUCUUUGCCGGCUCUCUCCUCCUCCUCAUCGUCGCUGCCGUCACCUACAUUCCCCUUCUUUGCUACAUCCAAGGCAAUUUGAAAGAAUACGUUUGUCACAAGAUAGAUAAACGGAUAGCAGAGUUGAUCAAGAAGAAGCAGAGGCAGAGGAUUGCAAGAGCUGCUGCGAUUGACAAGAAGCGGGCAAUGGCUGGUGGUGUGGCCGGCGCAAGCAUGGGGCGGAGGACAUCAAAGGACGGAUCUGAUUUGGACGAUUAUGGGUAUGGAAGAACGCCUCAGCCGACGUUACCCCAAGUCUCACUCGAUGACGAUGAUUAUCAAGAUGAUAUCAAGUUGCGAGCCAAGAUCAAAGCUGAGAAAGCGGGCAUGAAUUUCCCUUCUUCCACCCCGGGCCCAAACGAGUACCCGCCCGCUCCCCCCGCUAUGGGAGGAGAGUAUGGAGUCUAUCAGGACUACGGAAGUUCAACGAAUUUGGUAGGCAACGCGGCUCCCUUGGGGAUCUCCUACCCUCCCUCGGUGGUCACCCCGGGACCCAGCGGUGGUCCGGUCCCAUCACAUUCAAAUUCAAUGUCUUCCUUGCCUUCUUUACCAUCCUAUUCUUCAGUGAACGUCAAUGCCGAGAUUCGACAACAGCAAGCACCACCGCCCUUACCCCAUUCAAGCUCCUUACGGUCGAUCAAUAGGUAUAACCCCGGUGGACAGGGUCAGCCCUCUGGUAGGCUGUCACCGUACGAUCGGCAUGAUCAGUACGAUUCGUAUGAUUCGUAUACGCAAGACUAUUUUUCGCAUCCUCUGACUGUACAACCUCCUCUUCCAUCAGCAUCCCAGCCCCAGCCCCAGUUAUACUCUACUUCUUCUUCUUCUACAUCCCAACCCUACACCGUUAGCUCCUAUCAGCUCCCGUCCCAGCCUCGGGUAGGAAAUGAACAGGGAAGCAUGAUGGCCGGCGGGUAUCAAGGAUACAUCCCCUCCCCCACGCCUGGGUAUACGACUCGGGAUCAGUACCUGUACGAUACGGGUAGUAGUGCGUACGGAGGAUAUGGCGGCAGAUAGCACAUACACACAUAGCACGCACACGAACAAGAGGAGGAACGUAACGCUAUGUGAUUCUGUUGUUGAGUAAGAGGAGAUGGGAAGAGAGGGUUCGGUUCGUCAGACGCGAAUUUUUUAAUGGUUUUUUUCUUCUUCCUUCACACGUAACGAAAAUAAUGACUAGUGUCUUUUUAUAUUUACGAAUGGAUCAGAGAUGUAUGUAUGAUGGGG